CCUGUCUGAGCACAACGUGGUCUUUUACAGAUGUACUACGUACAUAUGUAAGUACGUACAGAAAAUACCCAUUGAUCUAGAAUGGAGGUUCCAACAAAGGAACAACUCAAGAAGAAGAAGGUGGUAGAAUUGAGGGCAGAGCUAUCCAAGCUGCAUCUUCCACAGUCUGGUGUGAAGGAUGAUUUGAUAAAAAGACUCAUAUGUCAUUAUAAAGAGGCAGUGGAACAGGAGGCGGCAGCAAAGAACAAACCAGUUUCUGACAAUCAGGGAGACUUGAGUGCUGAGGAAACUCCGCCCACUGAUGUUGUCAUGAUUGAGCCAGCACAAGAUGAAGCUAUGGAGACCGAAGACUCAGCCAUGGUCGUGGAGCAACCGCCCCCCACAGUCGUGGAGCAACCACCCCCCACAGUCUUGGAGCAACCACCCCCCACAGUCUUGGAGCAACCGCCCCCCAUAGUUGUGAUGCAACCACCCCCCACAGUCGUGGAGCAACCGCCCCCCACAGUCGUGGAGCAACCGCCCCCCACAGUCUUGGAGCAACCGCCCCCCACAGUCUUGGAGCAACUGCCCCCCACAGUCGUGGAGCAACUGCCCCCCAUAGUCGUGAGGCAACCACCCCCCACAGUCGUGGAACAACCGCCCCCCGCAAAGGAUCCCCUAUCACAGGUGACCUCUGACUACUACUCUGCUGCUGAUAGCUCAAAGGAGGAGAGUGUGAGAGAGAAGAGUGAAACAGCAAAGGUUCAAGAACCAUCCACUCCAGUGGCCACAGAGGAGAAGGGUAAAAAGAAGAAGAAAAAGAAGCGCAGGAGACGCAAGCAUGACCAGCCACAGCCGACCCCUACUGCUGAUGUCAGCACUAAGGAGAUUGAUGUGAAAAUAGAAUACGUUCAAGAGGAUAUCCUUCAACCUGACGAUCCCAACUAUAAUCAGUUUCACAAGAUCUUUGAGGCCUUCAAAAUGUCCGAGAUGCCUGAGCUGCCCAAGGACCCCAACUCAGUGUCUGAGCUGGUGGCCAAAGCUGCCGAGGCUAGUAAGAAACUGGCCCAGCAGAGAAAGUACCAACCGCAAGAGGAGGAGGAAGAUGAUGAUGAGGAAGAGGGGAAGGACCCUGUAGCAAUGACCAAGAAGAAGCUGCGAAAGCUGAACCGUCUCACUGUAGCACAACUCAAGCAGCUGGUGGAGAGACCAGACGUUGUCGAGAUGCAUGAUGUCACUGCGCUAGAUCCCAAGCUGCUCAUUCAUUUAAAGAGCACUAGGAAUACCGUACCUGUCCCUCGCCACUGGUGCUUCAAGAGGAAGUACCUUCAAGGGAAAAGGGGAAUUGAGAAACCACCGUUCCAUCUGCCAGAUUUUAUCAAGGCCACUGGUGUCAUGGAGAUGCGUGAGACUCAAGAGGAGAAGGACGAUGCCAAAUCCCUCAAGCAGAAGGCCCGGGAGAGAAUACGACCGAAGAUGGGGAAACUGACAAUAGAUUAUCAAAAACUCCACGAUGCAUUCUUCAAGUUCCAGACCAAACCCAAGAUGAGCUCCCAUGGUGAACUCUACUAUGAAGGCAAGGAGUUUGAAACGCGACUGCGACAGAAGAAGCCUGGCGACCUGUCAGAUGAGUUAAGACGUUCUUUAGGCAUGCCCAUUGGAAUGGGGAAACAGAAGUUUCCCCCUCCGUGGCUGGUUGCUAUGCAACGAUAUGGUCCUCCCCCUUCCUAUCCUCACCUCAAAAUACUCGGCCUCAACGCUCCAAUUCCAGAGGGCUGUUCAUUUGGCUACUUUGUUGGUGGGUGGGGAAAGCCCCCCGUUGACGAGGGAGGCCGCCCCCUCUAUGGAGAUGUGUUUGGGAUAGAUACAAAGGAUGUGGGUGGAGUUACUAACGAAGAUGACGAAGCACUCGACAAGGCACCGUGGGGUGAACUAGAGUCUGAGGAAGAGGAGUCAGAAGAGGAGUCUAGUGAGGAUGAGGCUGAGUCUCCUAAACCUGAGGAUAUACAAGCCGGCCUAGUGACUCCAAUGGAAGGACUGGUUACUCCGAGUGGUAUCACGUCCAUACCAGCUGGCCUGGAGACACCUGAGAUGAUCCAACUCAGAAAGAAGAAGAUUGAGGAGGCGAUGGAAGCUGGAGGGGAAACCCCUGCCCUCUAUACUGUGCUCCCAGAAAAGACUGCGGCAGUGGGUGGGGCCAUGAUGGGCUCCUCCCAUGUGUACGAUCUGGGAGCUGCUGCACCAGGUGUUAUCAGGAAGAGUGGACCUGGUGGCGAGGGUGUGGAGGUGGCACUGGACCCCAGUGAGCUGGAUCUAGAUACUGCAACCAUGUCGGCCAGGUAUGAUGAGCAGAUGAAGGACAAGAAUGUACUUCAGAAGGAGGACCUUAGUGACAUGGUGGCUGAGCAUGCGGCGAAGCAGAAGAAGAGGAAGAGAGCUGCAACAGAUAGGGGAAAGGCCUCAAAAAAACUCACAAAGAAUUCAAAUUCUAGACUUUAUUCCUAUGCUUUCUGUCCACACGUACAUUUCUAUAACGAUGCAUUCCAAUUCCUGCUGCUGGUGUUCUUAAUCAUUAUGUCAUGUGGAAACAGAUCAAUGAAUAAAGCUAGAGCCCCUCCCUAGCGAAAACAGGAUUUGACUGCCAGCUUGUACUUGUGGAGACUCCACCUGAUCACCUUCUACAGACAGAGUGUCCAGUUUGUCUCCAGAUCCUUCGAGAGCCCCAUCAGGUUACAUGCUGUGGCUACAGCUACUGUCUGUCUUGUAUUGAGCACAUCAGAAACAAACCUUGUCCGACCUGCAACGAAAAGAACUUCGCUGUAUAUCCGAACAAAGGGCUAAAACACAGUCUUUACGCAUUGAAGGUUCACUGUAGCUACCAGAAAGACGGGUGUAAGUGGACGGGGGAACUGGGGCAGUUUGACAAGCACCUUAAUUAACUCAAAUUCUACACCUGCGAAACAACUGGAUGGAUGUCAGUUUGUUGAAAUAGUUUGCCUUGAUUGUGAUGCCAUCGUAAAACGAUGCGAUUUUGAUCGUCGUAUUUCAAUUGACUGCUCUGUUACUGUUCUCUGUGAUUUUCACCACGUUGGAUGUGCCUUAAAACUUCCUCGUAAAGACAUGCCAAAACACCUGAGAGAGAACCUCCUCACACACAUCUCUCUAUUAGCCACCAGUCAUGCCAAACAACAGGAUGAAAUCACCAGGCACAAAGUUCAAAUUGCUGAACUGACUAAGCUCACUGCAGACCAGCAAAACCAAAUUGUUUCGCUACAUACUGAGAAUAAAAGCCUGAGAAGUGUGGACCCAGAAAUUGAAAUUGCUCGAGAAAUAACAGUGCCAGUAGAAACUUCUGAAAUAGUUACCUUGACAAAUUUCCAACAACAAAAGGACGAAGACACUGUGUGGUUCUCCCCUCCUCUCUCUCAGGGCUACAAGAUCUGCUUUGCUGUGUACCCUAAUGGAGACGGCGCCGGCAAGAACACUCAUAUCUCUGUGUACUCAUAUCUCAUGCCUGGGGAGUUUGAUGAUACACUGACGUGACCAAUUCGAGGGGAGAUUCGAUAUCAGCUACUCAACCAAGAAGAUGGAGAAGGAGUGAUCGAGUACAUAUCAUGAGAGAAGGAGUGACAAGAGUUGUGCAAGAGUUCUCUAUGCUAAACGCUCUGGAGGGCUAGGGAUGGGAAGGUUCCUCCUGCAAGGUCUUCUCCCAAAAUACCUGCAAAAGGAUUGUCUCAAGCUUCGUAUCUAUGGUGGCAAUGUUAGAAUGUAAUGGACCUGUGUUUUUACUUGUGAAGUGUUA